UCCUUCUAAUUCUAGCAAACCGUCCCAUCACCUCACCUAGUCUUUCCUUAAACACGUUGUGCUGCUGAUCUAACCGAGCUUUACCAAACUUCCAAAAUCCCCAAAUAUUCAUGUUCUCCUCCACCGCUUCAACUUCUUCUUCCUCCUCUGCUUCUUCUGGUUAUGCCGAAGCCACAGACCCUGUAAAUUUUUUUAUUCAGGUUCGUAGCCAAAAGAAAUUUUUCAUGUGAAUUGUUCGGGAAAUUGGAAAUUGGAUUAAAUUGGGGGUUUUCUACUUUCUAGGGGUUUGAGUAAGAUUCAGGAGCACGGAAGUAAUGGGGGGUGAGAAAGAGAGUGAAAAUGGAGAGUUACUUGACCUGGAGAAGCAGCAGCUAGGUGGCGGCGGUCCUGAGACUAGCUCACUUCCCAGUUUGGCAACUGUGGAUACGGUGCUGCCGCUACAACAGGUUGUCGUUUCGGGUGGGGCAUCAUCGGAAGUUCAUGAACCGCCGACUGUCACCGCCACGGUCAAUUUUUCAGAGGAGGUUCCUUCUCCCAAAAAGGACCACCUGUCGAGGACUUCCAGCUCUCAUGAACAAUGCAGAGUGUGUCAGCAGGAGAAAGAUGAAGUUUUGAUUGAUCUCGGAUGCCAAUGUCGAGGCGGGCUUGCGAAAUCCCACAGAUCAUGUAUAGACGCUUGGUUUCGCUCCAGGGGAUCGAACAAAUGCGAGAUAUGCCAAGGGGUAGCAGCAAAUGUUGCAUCUCCAGAGGCUCAGCCAACUCAGGCAAGCUACUGGGUUUGGAGAGUUGACUCAUCCUACCGAUCACAAAAUCGAGACAGGGGUUGUGUAAGCCCACUUUAUGUGGCGUUUUCAAUCCUUAUAGGUGGUCUACUGUUGGACGUGCUAAUUUCGGUCACCCUUGGUGUCUCCGCACUGCCCAUCAACAUCAUUAUAGGUAUUAUUGUGGUUCUUGGACUCGGCACUGCACUGAGACUUGCCCUGGAAUUCUUCCACGAGUGGAGUGUGAGGAGAGUCGUGCGGAGAGUCGACGCAAGUCACACGAAUGUGCCUCUUGGUUACCAUCCUACUUUUUAGGUAAAAGUUGUAAGUAACAAGAUGAUGUAGAAGUAGAAAUUUACUUGAUUGCGCGGAUGGAGGAGGGAGGGUAUACGUUCACUUUGUUGUUUGUUUUGCUAGGGCACCCAUUGCCGUUUUACCUCAACCAAAUGUACCAUUUACUAUUUUAUUACUUGGUUUUUGUAAUAAACUUGUUAUUUCAUUA